AUGAAAGGGGCGGGGUGGGACGCGGCUCCGCUGGGUACCGCGGGCACCGAUAGUGAGCCUGGCGUGGCCAUACGGAACCGCUCUCCACCUCCGGAAUAUGCUCUGCGCUGUGGUUCUGGGGAAAUUAGGUUCCCCCACGCCGAUCGGGUACCAGGAAGGAUUUGCGGGGACUGGGGAAAUGCAGGGGUUGCGGAAGUCAAUCAUAUGCAAUGCAGGCUUGAGGACGAGCACAGCAACGAACCCCGCAAAUUCGCAAGUAUAAAGGGAGGCCGGCGGAAAUCCUACUGCAAACCGUCGUUGCCUAGACCUACUCGAGUUUGA